GACAUAUACACCCAUUCCUUGGCGUGUCAGUGGAUCAACAGACUCCACAAGUGAAGGUACGGCUGGGCUUUACGACCGUCUUGCUCUGCCCAGACUGUCGUUGUUGCUGAAGUCGAUCUUCUUGCAAUACUCGUUCAGGGAUAAGGAUAAGGCUCUGAAGUCUGUCCAAAGAUGGCGGUUAACUGCAGCAUGACCUGGAACACCUUCAAAGGAGACAUCCCGGAGCCUCUGAUGCAGUUCUUCCUCUAUUACUGCUGCGUCAUCUGCGUCGUCGGCACUAUCUGUAACUUGGUGGCCCUGUGGUGUGUGGUGAGCUGCCCCCGCACGAACCCCUCGGUCAAGGUGCUCCUGUGCGCCCUCUUCUCCACCACGCUGCUCAUGUGCCUCGUCGUGAUGCCCUUCAUGGCCCACCUCUCCCUCGGCAAGCUGUGGUGCGACAGGGACGCCUCCAAGCCCGUCCUGCGAGUGCUCAUUCAUACCUACGUCGUCCUGACUCAGAUGGAACUCCUCUACAUCUUCGUUAUGGCCUUGCUCAGAGCCCUGGCCGUGUGGGUGCCGCAGCGGGGCCACCUGAAGCUGCGGACGGGCGUGGCUGUGGCAGUGGGGGUUGGACUCUACAACUCGUCCAUGACCGCGCUGACGGCGGCGGCGUUCUGGAGACAAAUAAUUCCCAGGCCCACGAGGUUUGCCCUGCUGAAGGUGUACUACGGAGUGCACUUCCUCCUGCCCGUGGUGCUCACCCUCGCCUGCUACCUGUCGACCAUCGUGGCGGUGAGACGCAACAAGAGUAAGCUGGCCUCCAGUCGACACGCGGCGGCGGUGACGCAGGUGGUGGACGAGGCGACGCGGGCCAUGCUGGCGGUGUUCAUUAGUAACCUUCUGUUCGGCCUCCCUCACUCCAUCUACCACAUCAUACCCUUCGACUACCGAGUCUUCUCCUACGUCGUCAUGCACUCGAUCUUCUUCACGCACCUCUACACCGACCCGCUGGUGUUUGUGUAUUUCAACCAGCACCACCGCCGUCGCGUCCUGCAGGCACUCAAGUUCUGCUUCGGCCGUUCCUCUCCCAGCAAGGAAGCCACGUCCGCCGUCAGUUCGCAUGUCACUCAGUCGUCCUCCGCCCUAAAGAGUUUCGAGGAAGAACGAGACAAAGAUUCGUUGCCACAAUAGUUGUCUAACGAGUGAGCUACACGAACUACUGAAGUCAAACAGACGGUGCAAUACGAUAUCUCUAGAGUCUGGAUCCAAAUGUCUCGGUGCAAAUAACUGUAUAUAGAUAAGGCCGAGGCAUUUGCGAGUAGGAAGGUGACAACGUUGUGUCUCCAAUCCGUGGCACAGCACUCACGCCCAAGAAUGAGAGACAUAUAGUUUGUCUCUCAUCCUUGCUCACGCCUCCUUCCUUCCCCAGCACACAACAUUCCUCCACACCAUCACAGGCUGGUGUCCAAUCGCAUUCUGCUUAUAUGGUGAGGAAUCGAAGUAAGUGUGAGGCCUUGAGACCGAGAAGAAUAAAGAUGUGAUGAAGAGAAACCAUAAAUACUCAACCGGAGAGGCCUUGUGUAUUUUGCUCAAACACACACACACACACACACACACACACACACACACACACACACACACACACACACACACACACACACACACACACACACACACACAU